UUGACUUAUAUUCAGCAGGUCACCAGAAACACAACUGGUCCUUCACUGAAUCAACUCUUCAUGGCUGCAGCUCUGGAAGAUCUGAGAGGUGGAGGGAUGGGUUUUGGUCCCCCUGGCUUGAAUGGUGAUGAAGAAGAGGAGGAAGACUCGCCUGCAGUUUUACUGAGUGUUGUGGUUCAGCAUGGGCAGGUGGGCCUCUGCUUCUACGACAGUGCAGACUCAUCUCUGCACUACAUGGUGGACACUCCUGAUAACCAUGAGCUCCACUUGCUGACCAGAGUCAUUCAGGAGGUCAGUCCUCACGUAAUCAUCACCAGUGCAAAGCAGGAGCGCUGCAUGACUCGGUACCUGCAGGAACUUGGUCAAAACCCACACUACAAACCAGAGGUGGUCACUUAUCCUUAUGUUGACUUUGGUUUGGAGGUCGGAAAGCAGAGGCUGCUCUCUGCCAAUCUGCCUUUCCUGCCUUCCUGCAUUUCAGACAGAGACAGAAUGUCCUACCUCUCCUCCUGCAUCUCCUUUGACUCGCCCCUGAUGCUGAGGGCAGUGGGCGCUCUGCUGAAAUGUCUGGACAGGAGGAGAGUGGGAGUGGAGCUGGAAGACAGCAGUGUUGGAGUUCCGAUCCUGCAGUUUCACGCCUACACACUUAAAGGUGUGGUGUGCAUUGACCGAGACACCUACAGUGUGCUACAGAUCUUCAAAUCAGAACUCCAUCCAUCAGUGUACAAGCUGCAGUCAGGGGAAAAGGAAGGCCUCAGUCUUUAUGGGAUACUGAACCGCUGCAGGUGCAAGUUUGGCUCCAAGCUUCUGCGUUUGUGGUUUUUGCGGCCGACACAGGACCUGGCAGUGUUACACCGGAGACAAGAAGUGAUUCGUUUCUUCACGUCGCCUCGUAAUUCGGAAGUCCUGACCACCCUGCAGUCCUCGUUACGCAACAUCAGGAACAUACCGACUCUUCUACGCCGGAUGUCGCUGUCUAACACCAAAGCGACUGACUGGCAGAGCAUCUACAAGACGGUGUACAGCGCAGUGUGUAUCAGGGACACAGUGCGACAUCUGCCUCAGUCCAUUCAGCUGUUUCGUGAUAUCAGUGAAGGGUUCUCCGAUGACCUGCACUACAUCGCCUCCCUCAUCAGCCGAGUGGUGGAUUUUGAAACCAGUUUAGCAGAGAACCGCUUCACCAUCAAACCCAACGUGGAUCCUGCUAUUGAUGAGAAGAAGAGGAAGAUGAUGGGACUCUCAGACUUCCUCACAGAUGUUGCCAGAAGAGAGCUUGAAUAUCUGGACCCUCGAAUCCCCUCUUGCUGUGUCAUCUACAUCCCUUUGAUUGGAUUCCUGCUCUCUCUGCCUCGGCUUCCCAGCAUGCUGGAGAAAGAGGAUUUUGAGAUAGAGGGGCUUGAUUUCAUGUUUCUGUCAGAAGAUCGACUGCAUUAUCGCAGCCAGAGAACCAGGGAGCUAGAUGACCUCCUGGGCGACUUGCACUGUGACAUAAGAGACAUGGAGACAGCAGUGAUGACACAGUUGCAGAGCGCGAUCCUCGAGAGAAGCUCCUCCCUCUAUAAGGUUCUGGAUCUCACUGCUGAGCUGGACUGUCUGAUGGCCAUGAGCACCGCCUCCCAGGAGUACAGCUACACCUCACCUAAGCUGGCCAACCACAGGAAGAUAACAAUCACACAGGGCAGACACCCACUGUUGGAGCUGUGUUCUCCUGUAUUUGUGGCCAACUCCUUCCACAGCUCUGAGUCAGAAGGCAGGGUCAAGAUCAUCACUGGCCCCAACUCCUCUGGAAAAAGCAUCUACCUCAAACAGGUAGGUCUGAUUGUAUUCAUGGCUCUGAUUGGCUCAGACGUUCCAGCAAAGGAGGCAGAGAUCGGCCUGGUGGACGGGAUCUUCACCCGCAUGCAGAGCAGAGAGUCGGUGUCAGUGGGCCUCAGCACCUUCAUGAUAGACCUCAACCAGAUGGCCCAGGCUCUGAACAGCAGUACUGGCAACUCAUUAGUCCUCAUCGAUGAAUUUGGAAAAGGAACUAACACAGUGGACGGACUGUCCUUGCUGGCUGCAUCGAUCUGUCACUGGCUGAGGAAGGCUCCGGUGGACGUUCCCCACGUACUGCUGGCUACUAACUUCCACAGUGUGCUACAGCUGGGACUGCUACCAUCCUCCAGCCUGCUGUCUCUGCUGACCCUGGAGACGGCAGUGGACGGAGAUGAGUUGGUGUUUCUGUACCAACUGAAGGAUGGGAUCUGCCAGUCCAGCUACGCUGCCAAUAUCGCUACACUGGCAGGCCUGCCAACUUGCCUUGUACAGAGAGGAGUGGAGGUGUCUGAGCUGUACAGAACCGGAAGACCCAUCAAACGCACAGAAAAAGCCUCAUCGGACGAGCAGGCAAAGAGAUGCAGGUCGGUGGUGGAAAAGUUCCUCAGCCUCGAUCUGGACGACAAAGAUUUGGAUCUGCAGGCUUUCAUGAAAGAUGAGCUCCUGCCCUCUGCUGGAGAGCUGCUGAACCGCAGCUGAGCUGAACUGUGGUCAGUGUGUUCGUUCAUUCCUACCU